AUGGCUUCUCUUGGUGGUAACAAUACACUGGCGUUAGACGGCAGUCUGCAGAACAUCCUUGCAGGAGUUGCCUUUGCUAUCUUUGGCAGUGUCUGCAUCUCCAAGGUCUUUUCCAAGUCCUCAGGAAGUGACCAGCCGCCGAGCGUGCUCAAGGAUGCUCUUGAGAGCUUCUACAAGAAGCAAGCCCGGCGCUUAAUGAUGCCACCAGAAAAAGUUCUCCUCCCAGGGGACGGGAGGAUAUGCUGGCGCUUCUCAAGCUUCGCAGCUCUCAGCCAAAAACGCAGGGGCGAGGCGAAAGUCAAGCGUCGUGGAAACACGAAGCGAAUCUGGGUUGACGUUGGUGGAGGGACUGGUUGGAACAUUGAGGCCAUGUCCGCUUAUGUGAACGUGCCCGAGUUCUUCUCCAGCGUCUACCUUGUCGACUUCUCUCCAUCUCUCUGUGAUGUUGCGCGAAAGCGUUUCCAGAGAUUGGGUUGGGACAACGUCAAGGUCAUCUGCGAAGACGCGAGAAAGUUCCGUCUGGAAGACCAUGAAGAUGGAAUUUCAAUCAACGCUACUCCUCUCCGUUCGCCUGUCCUGAGCUACUUCUCCCAGAAGCGCCCAGAGCAUGGCGGCGCAGAUCUUGUCACCAUGUCCUACAGCCUGUCUAUGAUCCCUGAUUAUCACUCAGUCAUUGACUCUCUGACUUCUCUUCUGUCCCCUAAUGGUGUCCUAGGAGUUGUUGAUUUCUACGUUCAGUCACACGUUGACUUUUCCUUCCGCAAUUUCACCGGCGGUCUUGUGAACCGCCACGUCAGCUGGCUUUCCCGGACGUUCUGGCGUGCUUGGUUUGAUAUUGAUCGCGUUGGACUUGAAGCUGCUCGCAGGGAUUAUCUCGAGUACAAGUUCGGUACCAUCCUCAACAUUAAUGCCCGCAACAAGACUCUUGGCCGCAUCCCUUACUACGUCUGGGUUGGAUGCCACAAGAAGCCUUUCUCUUCCUCGGCGCUGCCUCACGAAAUCAUCGAGAAAAUCGACGCGCUCGCAACCGAGUCACCACUGCUUUACCCCGUGGAUCAGCGUAACGCCUUAACUCGAGCGAUUGAGAAAUCUGCGCCCGAGAUUCGAUCCAAGGCUUUCAUGGCCGCCAUACAAAAUCUGUCUGCCAAUCUUCCCCUUCCAUCAUUCUUCUACCAGAACCACCACUGGCGCAUCUACUAUGACGACCAGCUCCAGAAGCACAAGCAAUUCAACGACGAGUACAUCUAUGCGUUCACGUGGGAAGACACGAGAGUUGAUGAGCGUCUUCUAAAGCUCGGUGCCGACGAUGUCGUCCUAGCCAUCACCAGCGCUGGAGACAACAUUCUCUCCUACGCCAUGCAGAGCCCAGCUCGCAUCCACGCUGUGGACCUCAAUCCCACCCAGAACCACCUCCUCGAGCUCAAGGUUGCCUCGUACUGCGCGCUUCCCUAUGAAGACUUUUGGAGACUCUUUGGCGAUGGCAAGCAUCCUGACUUCCGCACCUUGCUCAUGACGAAGCUCUCUCCCCACCUGUCCUCUCGUGCGUUCCAGUAUUGGCUUCAGAACAUUCACGUUUUCACCAACAAGCGUGGCUACGGUCUCUAUGAUACUGGAGGCUCGCGUCAUGCGAUUCGCGUUUUCCGCUGGAUCACUCGCAUCUUCGGUGUCAGGCGUGCUGUCGCUGAGUUCCUUGACACCAAGACCCUUAACGAGCAGCGAGAGGUAUGGCGCACCAAGAUUCGACCUGCGCUCCUCUCAAAGCUCCUCUGCAACCUUGUUGUUUCACAGGAGUCCUUCCUAUGGUCUGCGCUGGGCGUCCCCAAGAAUCAGCUCGCCAUGAUAGAGGCCGACCAUGCUGUCAGUGAUGCCGUCAAAGGCCCCUCGCCCAAGGCUAGAGACUCUCGAUCCCACGCUAUCUGGCACUACAUGCUCGACACUCUCGACCCCGUUGCGGAACAGACGCACAUCGCCGUCGACAACCCUUACUACCACACUACCUCUCAGAAAAAGGCCCACGCCCGCCUCUCUCGCCCGGGCGCCCUAGAUGGCCUCCGGAUCCACACUGACGAGCUCGACGAAGUCAUCUCGCGCAUCACGCCCGGCACGCUGACAGUCGCCGUCGUUAUGGACAGCAUGGACUGGUUCGACCCAGGCGCCGCCGCGGCUGCCCAGCAGAUCACCAAGCUUAACCGCGCUCUGCGCAUGGGCGGCCGCGUGCUGCUGCGGUCAUCGGCGCUCCACCCCUGGUACGUCAAGGCAUUCGAGGCGCACGGCUUCACGUCGAAGCGAGUUGGAGCGCGCGAAGGCGGUGCUUGCAUCGAUCGGGUGAACAUGUAUGCGUCGUGCUGGAUCUUGACUAAGGCGGAGAACCUGCCGCCGCCGACACCGGAGAUGGACAGGAUGGGAGGCGCGCAAUCGGACGUGACGAGCUUCUCGCUCUAA